AGUGGCCGGGGCCGCGGCCCCUCAGGAGCCCGCCAUAAAUUCCGACCCGGGGAGGGGGGGUGCCUGGGAGGGUCUGUGUGGUGGUGGUAGGUCUCUCGCUGCCCCACAGAGCCCCACGGAAGGGCAGCUGCAGGCCCGGCCCGACAUGCAGGUGUAUAUGGACUACAACGCCACCACGCCCGUGGCCCCGGAGGUGAUGGAGGCCGUGUCGGAGGCCAUGCGCGAGGCCUGGGGCAAUCCCAGCAGCUCCUAUGGAGCAGGUAGGAAGGCCAAAGAAAUCAUCAGCACUGCUCGGGAGAGCUUGGCGAGGAUGGUGGGAGGAAGGCCAGAGGAUAUCAUCUUUACUUCAGGGGGCACAGAGGCCAACAACCUAGUGAUCCACACUGCCCUGAGGCACUUCCGAGAGAGCCUGGAGCAGGACCAGGAUGGGCCUGGGGACAGUAGCACACCAGCAGUGGGGACCACUCCACACAUCAUAACAUCAAACGUGGAGCACGACUCUGUGCGCCUGCCACUGGAGCAUCUGGUGAAAGAGGGCCUGGCAGAAGCCACCUUCGUGCCUGUGUCCACACGAAGUGGGCAGGCUGAAGUGGAUGAUGUCCUUGCUGUGGUCCGGCCAACCACCUGCCUGGUUUCCAUCAUGCUGGCCAAUAACGAAACUGGCAUCAUCAUGCCUGUCUCAGAACUGAGCCAGCGCAUCCGUGCCCUCAAUCGGAAGAGAGCAGCAGUGGGACUGCCCAGGAUCCUGGUGCACACAGAUGCGGCACAGAUGAUUGGCAAGGGGCAUGUGGAUGUGCAGGAGCUGGGAGUGGAUUACCUCACCAUCGUGGGACACAAGUUCUACGCCCCACGGAUCGGUGCGCUGUACGUGCAUGGCCCUGGCAUCACCACCCCACUGCACCCAAUGCUCUUUGGAGGGGGGCAGGAGAGGAAUUUCCGUCCAGGCACCGAGAACACCCCGAUGAUCGCUGGCCUAGGCAAAGCUGCAGAGCUAGUGAGUAGGAACUGGGAGGCCUAUGAGGCUCACAUGCGGGAUGUUCGGGAUUACCUGGAGGCCAGGUUGGAGGCCUCCUUCAGGAAGCAGAAGAUCCACCUCAACAGCCAGUUUACAGGCUCCAGGCGACUCUGCAACACCUGUAACUUCUCCAUCGUGGGCCCAGGCCUUCAAGGGCGAAGGGUGCUGUCGCGCUGUAAGACACUUCUUGCCAGUGUUGGGGCCGCCUGCCACUCCGAGAAGGGGGAUCGGCCCUCCUCGAUUCUGCUCAGCUGUGGGAUCCCCUACGACGUGGCACAGAACGCCUUGCGGCUGAGUGUGGGGCGAGACACGACCCGGGAGGAUGUGGAUCUGGUUGUGCAGGACCUCAUGCAGGCAGUGGCGCAGCUGGACCAGGACAGAGCCCCUUAGGCCCAGAGAGUGGCUCCCCGGCCGUCAGCCAGGUUCUUGGGACAGGAUUAUUAUUCCCUUUGGGUGCUGGCUGCCUCCGUGCAAAACAGACCUUUUAAACAACCUGGUUAGAGCAGCUGUUCCCUCUGUUAGCUGCAGGGGUGCAAGACAGUAGCCAAGAUAACAGCAAGCCACUGCUGACAGGAGAGGCCUCUCCAACUCUGCAUCCAAUCUAGCAACCAUAUGGCAGUGGACUGAGUCAAUUCUGGUUGAAUAUUUUUGGUAGGAUUAACUUUCUACCUGAUCAGCUAGCUUUGUGAUCACGGGUUGGAUGUCGGGGAAAUGAUGGCUGGUGGUAGCAGGAGGAGGAAGCAGCAUGACCAGUUUCAGCAGCAACGUGCUUUUAGGCUAGCUUAGCUGUAUUUCAGCUUGCCCUUGCAGGGAUCGUAGAGGGGGCUGGCGUAUCUCCACAGCCUGUGCUGCUUGAGCAGAGAAGCUUGCUCAAGUGCAGGGUAGUGUGGUCUGCGCCAAGGGGGCAGCUGCGCUGCUUUGGGGAUGGGGCGGUGCAUCACAGGCUUGCUCAGGACUCUGUAUCUGCUGCCCAGUGCAGGCAUUUGGGGAGCCUUGCUGCCAGGCUGCUCCCUGCUUGUUAGCACAUACCCAGCUGCUGCAAACAAGUGUGUGUGUGUGCAUGGAUGCAACAGGGUCUCAAUGCUUGACUCCCUCCAGAGGAUAAUAGGCUGUGGGAGAUGGAGGUGUUUUUUUUUUUUUGCCUUUUUUUUCCUUUCAACAAAGCAAGUUUGCCUGCUGUAUUUCAGCAAGUGAGGAGUUUAUAGUAGCACAGCAAGGUGCUGGGCUGGGAACUGCCCUUGCCUGACAGGGCCCUAAGUUACCAAGGAUUUGUUGGCUGGGAUGGUAUUGGGUAUGGUUUUCCCAGCGCUAGGUUGCCUUACUUGCUGCCCUUCCUCCUGUCCUUCCCACAGUGAGCAGAGCUCCUGUCACAAGCUGCAGGUAUCCCUAAAGAAAAGACUUGUGGGGGCUGCCCUGAGUGUGUGCCAGCACCUGAGGAAAUGUGUUGCCCCUGCGUGGCUAAGGCGGUCGCUCUGAUGACUGGCAGGAGGAUUCAAGCAUCACAUGCAUUAGGAGCAUUGCUGGCUGGUCGCGCUGACUGUUGGGGGGUCUGGUCUCCCUGUGUGUUCAUAGGAAUAAAAGUGAAUGCCACUGCUGUGGCUUUUUCCAAAGUAAAA